ACAGAGUCACAAUAAGCCCCAAGGACGUGCAGUGGGUGGGAGCGUGGUGGCUGGGGUACCUGAUAGCUGGGGUCAUCAGCGUCCUGGCCGGCAUCCCCUUCUGGUUCCUGCCCAAGCACCUCCCAAAACCUGAGAGCAGGAAGGACUCCAGCACCUCUUCUGAGCACUCAAAGUUCAUUGAGGAGAGCAAGGACCAACACACAUCCUAUUGGCAACAAGCGAAGCUGGCAGAGAUGGCAAAAGAAUUCUUGCCAUCACUGAAGAACCUCUUUGGGAAUCCAGUUUACAUUCUGUAUUUGUGUGCAAGUAUCAUUCAGUUCAAUUCUUUAAUUGGCAUGGUGACAUAUAAGCCAAAGUAUAUUGAGCAACAGUAUGGGCAGACAUCUUCAAAAACUAACUUUGUUAUAGGUAAUGCUACAUCUGCUUCUUGAUUAUAUUUACAAUGGACAUUUUAGGAGUGGCAUAUACAUAUAGGAAAAAUUGUAUGUUUUUUAGGGUAUGUUCAUUUCUUCUCCUUCCUUGUCUGAUUUUAAGUAAUGGCUCA